AUGGACGUGCGCGUGAAGUACGAGAUCGCCGUGCUGCGCUGCCUGCGCCCGCACGUGAGCGCCACCGUGAUCUCCGCCGUGGUGCUCGCCAAGCACGGCGUGGACGUGUCCCCCCGCAAGGUGCAGAAGAUCGCGCGCGAGCAGCGCAAGUGGAUCAAAGCGGGCGGCACCCCCGCGGGCAGCAUGGAGCUGGUGCGACUGGAGGACGAGGUGGCCGCGUGGGUGCUGAGGGAGGAGCAGGAGAAGAAGAGACAGGCGACGGUGGAGCGCAUUCUAGCGCGCGCGCAUGCUCUCGCGCCUAAGUACCUAGCGGGGGUGAAAGCCCCCCUGACGCAGAAAUGGGUGUCGGCGUUCAUGCGGCGCUAUGGGCUGCUGCUGCUGCCGCUCACUGAGAGGGCACCGGGUGGGGCGGAAGGGGCAGGGGAGGAGAGUGAGAGCGGGGGUGAGGACUGUGGGGAUGAGGAUGGGAGGCAGGGCGGGGUGGGGAAGGGAGGUGGCAAGGGCGCGGGAGAGAGGAGCACGGUGAAGGGCGGGAAAGGAUUAGUGGGGCGGGGAGGGGAUAUGAGUGCAGUGCAGGGGGUGGUGGUGAAAGUAGAGGCGGACGAGGAUGGGCAAAAAGGGGGUGUGCGGGAUGCUGGUGGUGAUGGCUGUGGCGAAAUGAACGUGGUUUGUGCUGGGGUUGAUAAACGGCUUUCGCAGCACGGCAGGGAAGGUGAGAGGACUUUGCAGGGUGGUGGUGGCAAUGGUGGUGGCAAUGGUGGUGGCAAUGGUGGUGGCAAUGGUGGUGGUAGUAGUGGUGGUUGCGGCGGUGGUUACGGCGCUAGUGGUGUGCGGGAUGCAGGGAAGGGGCGGAAGGGAAGUGGUUGGAACAGGCCGGCUGUCUACAAGGCUCAAGCAAACGCUUGGGACAUAAAUUGGGCGAGAAAGACAUGGGUGAGUGGCUGGGAGGACGGCGAGUGCGAGGGCAGUGAGGAGAGCGAGAGUGACAGCUCAAGCAGCGAAGAGGAUGAGAGUGAGGAGGGGAGUGAGGAGGAGAGGGCACAGGAGAGCGACGAAGGGGCGAAGUUAUACAAAGGAGGGAAGGCGGGAGUGAGGGGGGGGGAGGAGCGACUAGUGGAGGUGGAGGUAGGGGACCGGCACUUUGACACGGUGCUGGCUGCUGCAGAGCACGCAGCGAGGGAGACGGUGAGGGAGUUCCGGCGAGACGUGGUGGAGGAAGCAGUGGUGGACUCGGAGGUGCUGGUGAAGGGACCCGUGGGGCGCGGCAGCAUGGUGUGGGCGCACCACCUCGACGUCAUGAGCUCGCGCAUGGGCAGGCGCAGGCGUGCUCCCAAGGGGGAUGGCAUCGGGGAAGGGCACGAGGGACCCGGGAAGAAGGACGGUGCAAGGAGGCACAAGGACCUUGCUGCCAGCGACCAGAGCGUGGACAGGGACGAUGCCGAGGGGCUCAUGUGCCUGUGGCGCCCUCCACGGCACAAGCGCAGCAAGGGGGCAGGCGAGGGGCCAGUGGUACUGGAAGGGAUCACGCUCAGCCGUGUGCGUGCGCUGUGCCUCGUCGUGCAGGCUCGGCCGGGCGUGCGGCUGAAGUCGAUCCUGAAAGCAGUGAAGCAGGCGUGGAACGUGCAGCUGAGCCCCAACGUGCUGUUUGCCAUCCUGUGUGAGCGCCGGCGCUGGCUGCAGCUGCCGGUGGGUCUGAGAGUGGCGAUGCUGAAGAGGCCGCGCAUCAAGGCAGUGCGGCUGCUGGAGGUGGCCCUGGCGCGGUGGCUGGAGGACAUUGGCGCUGCCAUCAAGAUCUACUGGGAACACCUCUCCUGGCCUGCGCUCCCCUCUUCCACUGCUGCGCUGCCUGCUGGGAGAGGCAGGGGAAGCACGAGGAUGCAGUAUGUGAUGCGGAAAGAGGUGAUUAUCGAGGUGGCGAGGCGGAUUGGGCCGCUGGUGGGAGUGCUUCCGGAGUUCAAGCUGUCGUACAACUGGUGCUCGAAGCUGGUGCAUGCCGUGGAUGCAUGCCGCGCCAUGCUGUGGCAGCACGUGUGGCAGCAGGAGGGGGAAAGAGCAGUCCCAGCAGUGAGGGGGAAAGAGCAGCAGAGGCCAGCCAGGAAGCGACAGAAGAAGUGGCGAACAGCACAGACAGAGGUGGUGUGGACAAUGGAGGCGUCGGCGCACACAAAGCUGCUCUCCACAGCACGACAGAGGGACAGGCGAGACACACAGCAGGAGCAGCAGAAAGCAGAGGCAGCAGAGUGGGCAGAAGGGGCAGUGGAGUCAGCAAUAGAGGCGGGCAUCGACCUGCAGGAGUGGGCGGAUGGGCGCGACGUGAGGGCGCUGCUGCGCGCCCUGGACGGGGAGAGGUGGCGCGUGCGCUUGCGCGUGCGGCAGGGCCACAAGUGGUGCAAGUGGCUCCAGAUGCUCCCGCAGGAAAGUGGCAUGGGGGGAACGGGGCAGGGGGGAUUCGUAGGGCAGGGUGCGGAGGGAGAGGGGGGUGGGGUGGCAGGGAGUGGUGCUGGAGGGGGAGAGGGGGCUGGGGGAGGGGAAAGGGUUGCUAGGAGGGAUGGUCGAGUGUGGAGGAAUUUCUUGUUCAACACGCUGUACUACUAUGACCCUCUGGAGGACCGGCCUGGGAAAGGCGGGCGGCGCGGAUGGAAGGAGGAGGAUGCGGAGUGGAGGAGGCGGGUCAAGGCAGGUGAACUGGAUGGAGGAAGGAAGAUUGGAAAAGACGAAGGAGGGAACACGGAAGGAGAAGGUAGGGAGUGUGAGAAUGUUGCUGGUGGUGAGGAGGGAGUGGAAGAGAGGGGCAAGGAAGACGAGGAUGAAGAGGAGGGUGAUGGAAAUGAUGAGGGCGAGGAUGAUAUAGUAGAUACAGUGGUAGGGAGGGCCAAGGUGCAGGAUAGCAGUGAGAGAGGGCGGAAGGAGAGGGGAGGGGGGAAGGGACAGAAGAGGAAGGUUACAUGGGGUGGUGUAGCUGAUGUGGGGUGA